AUGGGGGCCGUGUGGGGACGUGCGGCGCGGCUGGGCGGCCCCGCGGCCCGGGCGGCGGCGGCGGCGGCGGCCCCGGGCGGCGCUCGGCGGCUGCUGGGCGGGCGGUGCGGCGCCGGAGCGGGCCCGCUGCUGCUGCUGGCGGCCGCGCUGCCCCGCGGCCCCGGCCGCCCGCCGGCCGCCCUCGGCGCCGCGCCUCACUUCCUGCGCGCCGGGGCGGGGCGCGGGCGCUGGGGCCGCUGCUGUGAGACGAGCAGCAGCAGCAGCGCCGCCGCGCAGCUCCCCGGGGAGGAGUCGCCCGCCAUGCCCGCCGCCGAGCCCGCCGCCAGCCCCGCCGAGCCGCAGGCGCCGGCGGCCGCCGAGUCGCUGCGUCGCGGCCGCCGCAGGAAGGUCAAGGAGGAAGCCCAGGAAAAAAAGGUGAAGCGGCGGGAGAAGCUAAAGCGGCGCGGCAAGGCUGAGGGAGAGCAGGCCCAGCCCGAGGAGAGCGGCCUGGGCGAGGGUCAUCUGCAGGCCCCGCAACCCAAGAAGACGAGAAAAACCGACGAGAGUAACGUCUCUGAGGGUACAGUGAAACCCUCCUCCGCUGUCAGCAGCGACGCGGCCUCUGGAGAGCAGGACAGCGAUGCAGAGGAGCUGACAGAAGAAGCAAAAGAGGGUGCCUUCUCCAAUUUUCCUCUCUCCCAAAACACCAUCAACCUUCUCAAAGCUCGAGGUGUGAAGUACCUGUUCCCUGUCCAAGUGGAGACUUUUCAUCCCAUCUAUGAUGGCAAAGAUGUGAUUGCUCAGGCUCGAACCGGGACUGGGAAAACCUUUUCUUUUGCCGUUCCACUGAUUGAAAAACUCCAGAGUGUCUCGCAAGAUGGAAGAAGAGGCCGGGCACCAAAAGUGCUGGUUCUUGUUCCAACCAGGGAACUGGCCACUCAGGUAGCCAAAGACUUCAAGAAUCUCACCAGGAGACUGUCAGUGGGUUGUUUUUACGGAGGAACUCCAUAUAAAGAACAGCUUGAUCUCCUUAAAAGUGGCAUCGAUAUUCUAGUGGGAACACCUGGUCGGAUCAAAGACCACAUUCAGAAUAGCAAGCUGGAACUUUCCAGCGUGAAGCAUGUUGUUUUGGAUGAAGUUGAUCAUAUGUUAGACAUGGGCUUUGCUGAACAAGUGGAAGAAAUCUUAGGAUUUGCAUAUAAAAAAGGUUCUGAGAACAACCCACAGACACUGCUGUUCUCUGCAACUUGUCCACGAUGGGUAUAUGAUGUGGCAAAAAAAUACAUGAGAGAUGAAUAUGAACAGAUUGACCUGAUUGGCAAGAAGACUCAAAGGACUGCAACGACUGUGGAACACUUGGCUAUACAGUGUCGCUCAUCUCAGAGAGCAGGAGUUCUUGGAGAUAUCAUUCAGGUCUACAGUGGCAGCCGAGGACGGACCAUUGUCUUUUGUGAAACCAAAAAGGAAGCAAAUGAACUGGCUAUGAAUGCUUCACUCAAACAGGAUGCCCAGUCCUUGCAUGGUGACAUUCCACAGAAACAAAGAGAAAUUACAUUAAAGGGCUUCAGAAAUGGUGUGUUUGAAGUUCUGAUUGCAACAAAUGUAGCUGCCCGUGGUUUGGAUAUUCCUGAGGUUGACCUUGUCAUACAGUGUUCACCACCCAAAGAUGUUGAUUCCUACAUCCAUCGCUCUGGACGGACGGGUCGAGCUGGCCGGACUGGGAUCUGCAUUUGUUUAUUUCAGAGAAGAGAAGAAGAUCUUCUGAAACAAGUUGAGCACAAAGCGGGGAUUACAUUUAAGCGUGUAGGUGUUCCCUCUGCUACAGAUGUAAUUAAAGCUUCAAGUAGUGAUGCCAAAAAGUUGUUGGAGGCCAUUCCUCCUUCUGCAGUAGACUACUUCAGAAAAUCUGCUCAAGAGCUCAUAGAUGAAAAAGGGGCAGUUGCUGCCCUGGCUGCAGCUCUGGCCCAUAUCUCCGGGGCAUCUUACAUACAGCAGCGCUCCUUGCUCAACUCAACCGCGGGCUUUGUGACCAUGGUGUUAAAGUGUUCAGUAGAAAUGCAUACCAUGAGCUAUGCCUGGCGGGGACUGAAAGAGCAGCUUGGUGAAGAAGUAGAUGGCAAAAUAUCUGCAAUGCGGCUCCUCAAGGGGAAGAUGGGGGUGUGCUUUGAUAUCCCUGCUGAUGAACUGAGUAACAUACAGGAGCAGUGGAGGGACACCAGGCGCUGGCAAUUGUCAGUGGCAAAGGAGUUGCCUGAGCUGGAAGAGUACCCGCAGGAGGCAGGACGAGGAUUCUCCAGGUUCGGGAACGGGAGGAAAGGUGAUGGUGGCUUCAAGAGAAACAACUGGUUUAAGAAUGGAAACUGAGGCCAUGAUGUUAACAGGUCGCUUGAUUAACCUCGGUACAGAUACGGGACUGAGAUGAUUUUUAUCCAAAAGUAAAACGCCUAUUAGACAUUC